AAAGAAAAAAGAAAAAAGAGAGAGAUACUAUCAUUUCUUAAAGAGUUAGAUCAUGUAUUUUGGAAUAGACAGACGAUAAUUGGUAUCUAUAUGCAUUGUAUCUAAGUGCAAUUUAGGCAAAAUUUUAGGGUUUUCAAUCGCCAUGGGAAAAAGGAAAUGCAGAAUUCGAAAACCGCGGGUUCAAAGGAAAACUACGGCGCCGGCGCCAGCUGCUUCAUCCUCGGCCCCCCCUCCGCCGCCGUGGAUCGAACUUCCCGGAGAUGUAACCGCCAACAUUAUGCAGAGGUUGGGCGCGGAGGGGAUGCUAAUGAGCGCGCAGCAAGUGUGCAGAACCUGGUGGAAAGUUUGCAAGGAUCCCGCCAUGUGGCGAGUGAUCGAUUUGCGCAACCCUUAUUAUGUGGAAGAGACUGAGAAAUACACUGCCAUGUGCCGCCGCGCGGUGGAUCGGAGCCAGGGGCAACUGGUUGACCUCACCAUUGACUCCUUCGGCGACGGGGAACUGAUAAACUACGUAGCCGAUCGAUCGCGAAAUCUCAAACGUCUUAAACUUGUAGCUUGCAAUGAGAUGUCUGGAGGUCCUUUAAUUCAAUCGGUUGGAAAAUUUGAACAGUUGGAAGAAUUGCACCUUGCUAUGAUCCCAUGGACUCCUCCUUACCGCAUUGAAGAUAUUGGCAAUUCUUGCCCCAAGUUGAAAUCAUUCUCAUAUAACAACCGUGGUUCAAGGUGGCAGCUUCCGCCAGAUUUGGAAGAUGAUGAUGAUGAUAUUAUUGAAGGAUUAGAUCGGAAUAGUUAUGCUGAAGCAAUCGGAAAAUGCAUGCCUAAUUUGCAUCAUCUGCAACUUUUUGCAAAUGAGAUGCGAAAUGAAGGACUUGAAGCCAUCCUUGAGGGCUGUCCAUGCCUCGAAUCACUUGACAUCCGGCAAUGCUUUGGUCUCAAUCUUGGAGGGGAUUUAGGGAAAAGAUGCCGUGAGCAGGUAAAAGAUCUGAGACUCCCUAAUGACUCGGUUAGUGACAUAUCAUGGCUUGUUGGGGAACCAUCUGAAUUGGAUCAUGAUUGUUACGGCAACUAUGAUGAUUAUAACUAUUACGAAGAUAUAGAUUAUGAAUACUACGACGACUACUCUUCUCCUCGUGGCUAUGGAUCCUUCAACAAUGACUGUCUUGGGAUUUUCGACCGCGACUACUUCUGAGCUAGGAACAGGACCAUAGCAGAGGGUUUUUGUGUUGCUAGUUGAUUUCAGCUGGUUAUGGAAGCAUUUUGGGACUUUCAAUCUAUCUCUAGUGCGAUAUCAAUGGUAGUAGCAAUGUACAUCUUACUACAUAAGAUUAUAUGGUUUAAAUUUUGAUGAUUCUUGCUUUUGUUCUUCA